UGUUUCGUCGGUCAAUGCACCCGUAUGCGCAUUGAUUCUGAUGCUUUAGCCAGGAAAGAUAUCGCGGUAGUUUUAGUUAACUCACGAUGGAUCAAUCACAAGGGAAAAUCUGUGUGCAUACCUAUGUGUAGAAUUAUCUUGCGUGAGAAGUCUGGACGAGUGUUCAGGGCGACAGGAUGGGUAUAUGAAGAUGUUGAAUUCUCUCCACAACUACAUCAAUCUUCACUGAUCCAGCUCAUUCAUUCUUUCUCUACUUCAUCAUAAUACAUUCGAUUAACUUAACUUUCUUUCAACAACAUUCGUUAAAUUUUCAUCAAAGAUUUCCUCUUUUACUUAUUUUCCAUUCAUUCGCUGAUCAUCUCGUAUCAUCCACCCUCCCAAUAUCCACAAUGAGAACCUCAUUCAUCUCCCUCCUCGCCAUCACCGGUCUUUUCGGAACCUCUCUCGCCGCCCCAACACUCGUUGGAGUCGAGUCUCGUGCCCCCGCAAACGCAACCGAUAUCAUGAACAACUUCUACACCCAAGUGCAAACCCACACCGGAACCAUCAACUCAACCCUCAACACCAUCACCUCCUCUUCCAGCUCCGCCCAAAACAGCACCGCCCAAGCCGCCAUCUCCAAAGCAGUAACAAACAUCAUCACCGCCGCCACCACCACGAACACCGCUCUCAAAACCCAAAAACGCGAUCUCGAAGCUCGAACGUACUCGACUCAAGAUCAACAAAUCAUCAGCGGUACUUGCGCUAACGCCAUCACUUCGAUUGCUGGAACCAUGGGUCUUGUGCAAAACACGUUUGGAGGAGUAUAUACCGGUGGACUGAUCGGUGGGUUGGUUGGUGCUCUUGGUUUGGUGUUGGGUACGUUGGAUGCGAUUGUGGGGGAUGUACUUAUGCUUGCGGGAGCUUUGAUUGGGGGUGUUUUGGAGGGUGUGGGUGGUUUGCUUGUGGGUAUCUUGUUUGGGAAGUGGUAG